AUGAUGUCGGCGGCACGUGGGGGUAUGUCCCUCGGGUUGAAUCCAACCCACUGGUGCCCCAGCAUGUACCGGUUGCUCCGGGUGCACCUUCCAAGGAAACUCAUCAGUUUCUCGGACUACCCAUUUCUCGAGAAGGGAUGCGGGGACCCUAGGAGCUUCUCGGGCCACGAGGAGGUACUCCGGUUCUUGCGCGGCUUCACGGGGGAUUUCGGGCUCGUCGAGCUGAUUCGGUUUGGGCACAAAGUGGUUCGGGUCGAGCGAACCGUCGAGGGGAGGGGUGACCAGUGGGCCGUGGAGCGGCGGAUGGGCUGUGGGGAGGAGGUGGCGGGUUUGGAUAUUUUCGAUGCUGUGCGGGUGUGGCGACCACCAGCCUCCCCUAGGGAGAUCAUUAUGGCCAGGAGAACAGCUGCACCCGAACCAUAUAAAGACGAGGUGGCAUGUGCUGAAGACGAUGGUGAAUUAGUGUUUCAAGAUGGAUCAUCUAUGCAUGCAGAUGUUAUCAUCCAUUGCCCUGGUUUACAUCAAGCAAAAAUCAUCGAUGACGUGGAUAAUACACAAGGAAGCAUAGAAGCGAACAAACCAAAUGUGCAAGAAUCUAGUUCAUUAGCUUUAAAUGCAUGA